AUGGAUGCAAAUCAAAUGAAAAUGUUGUUGGAGCAACAAAUGCAGAUGUUUACGAAGAUGAUGGAGGGAAUGCAAGCGACGCAGAAUCAGGCUCAAGCGAUGCAGCGGCCAAGUGCGUCGAAUGUGCAGGUUCCGCAACCAUCGCCGCUAGCAGUGGAAGGCGACAUGCAGGAAAACAUGGAUUUUUUUGAGAAAAGCUGGAAAGACUACGCUAAGGCCAUUGGUAUGGAUCGGUGGCCGCCAGAAGAAAACCCACAGAAGGUAAGCUUCUUGCUGUCGGUCAUAGGAGAGCCGGCAAGGAAAAAGUACUUCAACUUCGAGUUGACAGCAGCGGAAGGUGCAGAUCCGGAGGCCACAUUGGCCGCCAUACGAGAGAAGGUUGUUGCGAAGAGGAAUGUCAUAGUGGACCGGCUCGACUUUUUCUCUACGACACAGCAGACUCGAGAAUCAAUCGACGAUUAUGCCUCUCGUCUCAAGACUCUGGCAAAAAUGGCUAAACUCGGAGUGCUAGAGACGGACCUUAUCGCAUAUAAGGUGGUCACGUCCAACAAGUGGCCAAGUAUGCGAUCAAAAAUGUUAAGCAUUGCAGACAUAACAUUGACGAAAGCGAUAGACAUGUGUCGAGCGGAGGAGAUCACGACUAAGCGGUCCCAGGAACUUUCAGUUUUCUAUCCGGAAGUAGAGGUGAACAAAGUCGCGAAAGCUAAGUUCCGUUCCAAGCCUCAAUCACAGCGGUGCAAGUUCUGCGGAGACCGUCAUGACUUCUCUAAAGGUUCCUGUCCCGCUCUUGGUAAGCGGUGCCAUAGGUGCAACGGAAGGAACCAUUUCGGAAAGGUAUGCAAGGCCAGCAACAGAUUCCAGAACAGGAAGUCUCGUAAGGUGAAGGAGGUGAAGGACGAAAGCACUGAUUCGGAGGAGCAAGCACUUUCUUGCAAUGAAGGUUCAUCGGAAGCAAGCGAGGACGAAUACGAAAUCGGCAAGAUUUUCGAUAAUUCAUCGAAAAGAGGUGGCGUGAUGGCUGAGUUGGAUCUCAACUUUGAUAACAAGUGGAAGUCAGUGAUUUGCGAAGUGGACACCGGAGCUAAUACCAGCCUGAUUGGCCAUAAUUGGUUGGUCAAACUCACAGGAGAGGAAACCCCGCAGAUGAUGCCGUCGACGUACAAGCUCCAAAGCUUCGGUGGGAAUCCCAUCAAAGUGCUUGGGGAAGUGAAGAUACCGUGCCGUCGGAUGAAGCGUCGAUACCGAUUGGUUCUGCAAGUUGUGGACGUGGACCAUUGCCCCCUACUGUCGGCAAAGGCAUCACGUGUUCUGGGCUUCGUCAAGUUCUGCAAAUCGGUCACAUUCGGUAAGUCUGAUGAAGCAAAUUCGCCAAACUUGUUGAAUGUUCACAGGAUCGAAGCGGAGAAGAUUAUCCAAGGCCACAAAGGAAUCUUUUCUGGUUACGGAAAAUUUGAAGGUCAAGUAUCGUUGGAGGUAGACCAUUCUGUUACACCUUCAAUCCAACCUCCUCGUCGUGUUCCGAUCGCCCUGAGAAGCAAGUUGAAGAACGAAUUGGAAUCAUUGGAGAAGGAGGGAAUGAUCGUGAAGGAAGCCAGGCAUACCGAUUGGGUCAGCAACAUUGUGAUUGUGCAACGGGGUGACCCGGAAUCUUCAAGCAUCAGAAUCUGUCUUGAUCCUAUUCCACUCAACAAGGCGCUGAAGAGACCGAACCUACAGUUUGCUACACUGGAUGAAAUUCUUCCUGAGCUGGGCAAGGCGAAGGUGUUUUCUACUGCGGACGCCAAGAAAGGGUUUUGGCACGUAGAGCUCGACGAACCCAGCAGCAAGCUUACAACAUUUUGGACUCCUUUCGGUCGGUAUCGUUGGACUAGGCUGCCUUUUGGUAUCGCAUCAGCUCCUGAAAUCUUCCAGACGAAGCUGCAGGAGGUUAUCCAGGGUCUCGAAGGAGUCGAAUAUGCUUGA